AUGGCGCUCGAACAGACAAUCACCGUUGUCAACAAUUCCGGCAAAAUCAUCAAGACCGGCAAGCAACUCUUCACAAUCUUCAAGGAAGCCCAAGGCACCUACAAGGACAAGAAGGCCGAGAUCAAGGCCGGCCAGUCCCUCCACCGAUCAAAAACCUUUGACACUGAAGGACGAUCAAAUUUAAUCGACGAUGACCGCUCCCGUUAUUACCCUCCUCGCGCCGCUCCUAGCGAAGCCGGCUCGCAACGCAGUCGCAGAUCGCGAAGCGUCCACUCGCGCCAUCCUCGAGACGACUUUGACGUCCGCAGCCGCAAGGCCUUGACCCUCGACAAUCUCGAGAGACACACCGAGAUUUCGGCUACAGCCCCCAGCAGAGCCCCUACACAGAUGACAUACAAGGACCCUUACGCCCAAAACAUGAACUAUGCCUUGUCUCCUCGUUCCAUGGCUCCCUCAGCCUACGGCGAUGCCAUGGUUCCCCGAAACCGAUCGACCGGAGAGCUUGUCCAGGCGACAAAGCCGCGCAAGGAAAUCGACAUGGACCUCGCCUAUGGUAGCGUCCCUCCCGAUCUGAAGGAUCGCACCGAUCUGGACCCACAGCAAUUCGAUGAGAAGCAGGCCAUGGGACUUGUUCACCGCGUCGAGGGCCUCCUUACCGAAGCCAAGUGUAUCCACCAUUCUGCCACGCACACCAUGGCCGAGCUUCAGAAGAACCCAGACCACGCCGCGGCCGUUGCGCUCACCCUUGCUGAGCUGUCCAAGAUUGUCAAGAAAACAUCACCAGCCUUCCUGACCCUCCUCAAGAGUGGAUCACCCGCUGUCUUUGGGCUCCUAUCGUCACCGCAAUUCUUGAUCGGCACGAGUAUCGCUGCUGGUGUCACAGUCAUUUGCUUUGGAGGAUGGAAGAUUUUCCAAAGAAUGGCAGAGGCCAAGGCGGCGCGCGAGGCUUUGGGUUACGAGGGUGUGCCCAUGAACCGACCUGCGCCCAUGCGCACACAGAGCGAGUAUUCUCCUUCCGAACAUGGCGGCGUGGAUGAGGCUCUCAUCCUUGAUGAUGAUCUGAGUUCAAUCGAGACCUGGAUGAGAGGUAUCCCAGCAGGCUCCGUAACAGAGAGCGUCGACAUGGAACUCAUUACACCUACCGCUUAUGGUAUGGGCGAUGACUUUGACACCAAGUCCCGCCGUAGCACAAGAACAACCAAGACAAGCAAGACCCACGACAGCCACCGAAGCUCCAAGUCUCACCGCACCGAAGGCAGCCAUCGCAGUUCCCGAAGCCGUCGCGACGACGACACCAAGAGUAGAUACACCGAGAGCAUCGCAGACAGUGAGCGCAGUCACCGCUCAUCAAGGAGCAAGCGCACCGACAAGACAGAGACGAGAUCCAUCGAUAGCCGAAGUAGCAGUCGACGAGACGACGCCUCCGAGGUGACGUUGCGGCCCAAGCCCAACCGCACCAACAGCAACAUGCUCAAGGCUCUUUUCAAGAGUAAGGAAAAGAAAGAGCGGUCUAUGGUCAUGGCUUAG